UAUUUGUUCCGUGAACCCAUGUUCUCUUCAAGGAGAUAUGUACCCUGACAUCCGAAACUCUCCUUCCAAGGGAAAAGCUAAGCAAGAUGCACAAUACUGGCACUCGCACUGGUGGGAUUUCCAUCCCCUAGCUGAACAUCUCCAAAGACCCGUCGCAUGGUCUAACUCAUCAACGAUAUUCACUGCCCACCCUUCUCAGCCUCUAAUACUUGGAACGUUGUUUUCUUCUUCAAAACAGUUUUUGGUCGUCUCUCCAGAUCAAAUAUUGAACAAUCCUGCUUCUUAUGAACCUCCAAGCGUCAUCACAGUUUCAUCCAAUGACCAUUGGCUAUUCGCCUACUUUCCAGGCCGUGACUGUGACGGCGUCGGAUGUUUGUGGCAACGGGGAUACAGCCUUGACAAGUGGAACAUCAAAGAAUACUGGGCUUGUGAUCGAGGUGCUGGUAUAGUCAACGCUGUGUUCAUCGGAGCUGAACGCGAGUGGGCCACAGGUCCAGAUGGUUCUACCUCUCGUUUGCUUCAAUGCGGACCUCUUACUCCUGUCUCCAACCCCACCCUACUCGCAGUAACCCAGGCUCACCAACUAAAUGUCUAUUUUCUGCGGACUUACGCGUCAGGUUUAAGAUCUUUGAUGUGUUCCCUUGUGCAGCCAUGCUACACCGCUGAGAACUAUAGCCAAGCUGCUAAUGAUUCCCCCCGUGGACCCAAGACUUCCAGGCUAUGUGUCGCAGCUUCGUUCGGAUUCAUUUUCAACGAGUUUGCUUUUCUAAUUGCUAUGAGAUCCCGACGGUAUCCGUUAUCAGAUACCUUGAGAGCAACAUCGGACAGCUCCCUCGAUCUUGGUCUUUCUCUCGAUAUGUCUGCGGACAAUCAACUGGAUGAGCGUCCGCCAUUAUUGGAUUGGAAUGCUUAUGAAGAGGAGCAUGUCAUCGAGCUUUGUGAGGUGAAACUACGCUUCGAUGGCGUGUACAUGGCCAUCGUCACCGCGCCUCUCCCACCCCUUUACCAUACUGGGCCUUGCCUGACAAACUUUGUGUUUGUCUCAGCACCUGGGUCCAAACCAGAUGCUUCCACUUCGCCCAAAGCAUCGCCAAAGAAGGACAAGCAACCUCAACGUACUCAGCUGGAACCGACUACAGCAUAUCUAGUCGCAUCAUUCUUGGAUUUCGAGGACUACACUUCGCUGCCAAAGUCUCGCGUAGUCGCAUACUCAAUAGUCAGGGCCAUUCCUCCAAAUAGCAAAACUCCUUGGGCCGCUCGGCUUGUCGGAGAUCGGUUACUUUCUCCUCGCGUUCUGACAGUGGCUGCGCCUGGCUCGUUGUCGGUUGCAACGAGAAAGGCAACGGUAAUUGUUGCAAUGACCGAUCCAGGUGGGUCGUUGGCACGAAGCAAAACCAAGCCAAAAGAAGUCCCUGUAGGCAAUCUCUUUACCUUGCAACUACCUGACCUCUCCGACGAUCCCGACUGGGAUCAUUCAAGCAUCUUUGCACCUAUCAACAGGGCAAGCAGCGAUUGUCCUCUGAACAUUUCCACAUCACCCAACAAAUUGCUUGCUAGUGCAGUUUCAAUGCUGCAGACAUCCAUUUAUACUCUUCCAAGGGUACACAUCACUUCAGGAUCGAAAGACACCCUGCAUCAGUUGCCGCUUGCACAAGCCUUGACUACUGCACUUCAAUCUCGAAGAUCAACAGCAGAUAUCUCUCACAUUCUUUCUCUAACCAGUACUCCAGCCACGAUGCUUCACGAUACGCUAUUUGGGACCUUGUCAUCCUAUGAAGUGAACGUCCGUAUCGGCAUCGCGAACUCGUUUUCGAUGGUUGACGUGAUAGGAGCUGCUAUCGAGAUCUACAGAGCUAGGGCUCGUCGGACGAAGAACGAAGAUGAGAAAGAGAAAUACUUAAUGCUCUCGCGAAACGCUCUCAACAUGUGUUCUGUCGCUGCUUGUCUCGCUGCUUUUGAAGACUGCAAAGAGUCAGAGGGGUAUGACCUCGAGCCUGUCUGGCAGUUAAUCAGCCUUUCCACUUGGGUGGUUGUCUUUUUGGAGGACCUCAUGAAAGAAUGCGUCUUCCUCGCUGACCUCGCUGACCCGACCCCAAACACGAGCUUCAACCCCAAUGAAGUGAAACCGAAGGAGGAGCCUAUGGAUGAUAACCCAUUUUUGCACAAUGGCUUCUUUGACCAUCCCCCACAAGUCACGAACCGAUCGUCUCACUCUGUGUCAUUUGACGCGCCGAUACUUCUCCAUCUAGUUCAUCCACUUGCUCUUACGAAUCUUAGGGCAGUGGUUUCUCAUGUCAACUGUUUCCACCAGUAUUUGGCCUCGAUGACGGCGAAGCGGGAGAACUCACAGUUCGCGAGAGAUAUAAUGCUGGACCUUGUCAGUUCCUCAGGCUUGGACUUGAAAAUUCUCGAAGACACACUCAAGGCUGCGAUCCCAGAAGCGAGUGCAGUUCCAAUGGAGGAAGCCAUGGCUUCGUUUGCCGAAGGACGUCCUGUCCCCGCGCAGCACGGGCAACUGAAGAAAAUCAUCCGGUCGCUCACGACCUCAUCCGCGAUAGACAAGCCCCGCUUAUUCAUCAAAUCAUCUGAUCUUGUUGACGGGUUCGCAAAUCUGUCGGCGUCAGAUCGUCCUCCAGGAGACGAUCCAAAAAUGGACGUGGUGACAAAGGGCGUGCUUUCGAACCAAAGUCCUGGGCUUCUUUGCCUUCGGUGUGGUAGACGCUCUCAGGUCGGAGGAGAGGUAAUGGUUGCGGGACAUUCAUCUCCUAGAUGGAAGACUUGGGAAAGGAUAUGGGCGGCGAGGUGCAUUUGUGGGGGAUCAUGGGUGAGCGGGAAUAUUUAGAUAUCCAUAUGCGCCAGUACUACUGUAUGUCCAUAUAAGUUUUUUGGCUUGCGUCCUACCCUUGAUCUGAUUGACCUAGAUCCUAUAAUACUGCAUCGCGCCUCACUAUCCUUGAUAC